CAUCCUUACCCUACAGAUAUAGAAAUACAUUUCUAUAUAUACCUUGCAGAUUUUAUCAGAAUCGAAAUCUGUAUAUUUUUGCGUGUAAUCAAUACUGUCAGAAAAUGGAUAUCCAGUCGUUGGUAUGUGAUAACGGAACUGGAAUGGUGAAGGCCGGGUUUGCCGGGGAUGAAACUCCAAGAGCAGUUUUCCCCAGCAUCGUUGGACGACCCCAACGCACCGGUGUGAUGGGACAAAUGGAUGCAUACAACUGGGAUGAUAUGGAGAAGUUAUGGCAUCACACUUUCCACAAUGUGCUUCGUGUUGCUCCGGAGAAGCAUCCGAUCCUUGUAACCGAGCAGCCUCUGACUCCCAAGGCCAAUAAGGAGAAGAUGGCUCAGAUAAUGUUUGAGAAAUUCAAUGUCCCCGCAAUGCACUUUGCAAUUCAAGCUGUUCUGGCUCUCUACGCCACUGGCCGUACAACAGGUGUUGUGUUGGAUUCUGGUGAUGGCAUGAGUCAUAUUGUGCCUAUUUAUGAGGCAUACUCGCUGCCGCAUGCUAUCCUUCGUCUGGACCUAGGCGGGCGCGACCUAACGGACUAUCUCAUGAAGAUGCUCACCGAGAGAGGCUACAUGUUCACCACAUCUGAAGAGCGGGAAGCUGUCCGUGAUGUCAAGGAGAAGCUUUCAUACGUGGCCCUCGACUAUGAGAAGGAGCUCGAGACAACUAAGACUGCCUCCAACGUCGAGCAGAACUACAAGCUACCCGACGGCCAAACCAUUAGUAUUGGGGCCGAGAGGUUCCUUUGCCCGGAAGUACUCUUCCAGCCAUCUUUCAUCGGAAUGCAAGCUGUUGGGAUUCAUGAGACCACCUACGAUUGUAUCAAGAAGUGUGAUGUCGACAUGAGGAAGGAUUUGUAUAGUAACAUUGUGCUAAGCGGCGGCACGAGUAUGUUCGUAGGCUUUGCUGAUCGCUUGAGCAAGGAGAUCACUGCAUUGGCUCCUAGCAGCAUGAAAAUUAAGGUUGUCGCCCCGCCUGACAGAAUAUACAGUGCUUGGAUCGGAGGGUCGAUUCUUGCAUCUCUAAGCACAUUCCAACAGAUGUUGAUAUCCAAGGGUGAAUUUGAUGAGAUGGGUCCAUCAGUUGUCCACAGAACGUUUUUAGGUCCACAGAAGAUUCAAAAUUAAAGACAAAAAUAUUCGUAGCUAAACCAUAGACAAUCGAGAUUAACGACGAAAAUUCCAAGUUUCACGGCGGAAUGAUAGACCUCGGGUUGUGCUUGGUCGUACUCUUCACCUACGAUGGUAAAUAUAGUUGUUAAAUUUAACGACCAAUUAAAGGAGGAAAGUAGUCGUUAAUUGAUGUUUUUCAUUUUUCUUUUCAUUUUUUUAUAUUCUGCCAUAAAGUAGUAGUCACAAAUAUUUUUAUUUUUUAUUUUUUUUAGUAUUCCGUCGUAAAGUAGUAGCUAUAUGUAUAUAUAUUUAUUAUUUUUUUAAUAUUCCGUCCUA